AAACAAUAUGGCAGCGCCCUUGGAUCAGUCGUGCUCCGUGUAAACAGGUCACUGACAGCUCCAUUUAAGGCUGCACAUCAUAUUUCCAUUAUGGAGUUUUGAGCCAUGAUACAUCCAAGGACGCGGAUGAAAAUCCAAAAAGAACUCCUCCCUUUGGAAUGCAGAAUUUAAAAAUUGGUAACAUCUUGAACAAGUUUGUAGUCACUUUAUUUAAGAGAUGGUUUAGCCAAAUAGUCACCAUAGAAACAGAGGAGUCUCUCACCCUGCCUUGACUGCGGACAUGCUGCAGUGAUUCUUGAAGGACACGUUCUCACAAGCUCUGAAUCAUGAAGAUGUUAAGGAUACGGAUGCUUCCGUAUCCUCAGAGUGUCCUGAACCUUGUCCACCGCCAUUUGUCCCCCGCUAUCCGCACACUGUUCAGUGAGACCGGCGUGUGGGAGAGGGAGUAUCGGCCAGAGACCAGAUGCAGAGUGGAGCAAUGGUGGCACCCGCGGAUCAUGGCGCAGUGGCGCAAGGACUCACAGCAGAAGGAUUCAAACCGGGAAAAGUUCUAUGUUCUCUCCAUGUUUCCAUACCCGUCUGGACGACUGCACAUGGGCCACGUGCGCGUCUACACAAUCAGCGACGUCAUCGGCCACUUUCAGAGGAUGAGAGGUUAUCAGGUAUUAAACCCAAUGGGCUGGGAUGCCUUUGGUCUCCCAGCAGAGAAUGCAGCCAUUGAGAGACGUCUUGAUCCAGAGGAUUGGACGAAAAGUAACAUCAAGUCUAUGCGGGAGCAGUUAGACAGCCUCGGCCUUUGCUUUAACUGGGACCGGGAGGUGACCACUUGCCUUCCUGAUUACUACAAGUGGACGCAAUAUCUCUUUAUUAAGCUAUUUGAAGCUGGACUGGCUUAUCAGAAAGAGGGUGUGGUGAACUGGGACCCCGUCGAUCAAACAGUGCUGGCCGACGAGCAGGUGGAUGAAAACGGUCGUUCUUGGAGGUCUGGUGCUCUGGUGGAGCAGAAGUUGCUUACUCAGUGGUUCAUCAAGACCACACACUACGGCAAGCCUCUUCUGGACAGCUUGUCUGACCUUCCAGAGUGGUACGGGGUCAAAGCCAUGCAGGCAAAUUGGAUUGGAGAGUGCACUGGCUGCUAUUUUGAUUUCAAACUCAAGGUGAGUGGAGAGGAGACUGGGGAGUGUCUGUCGGCGUACAGCUCCUCCCCAGAGGCAGUGUUUGGUGCAGCGUACCUGGCCAUCCUGCCCUCCCACAGACUUCUUCAUGGGAGCAGCUCAGUCCGUUCUGUGCUAGAGAAAGCCCGUCAGCCAGGCGAAGACUCCCUGACAGAGGUCACCGCUGUCAACCUGUUCACCGGCCACGAGGUUCCUGUGGUGAUAUCUCAGAAAGAGGCUUUCGAUGACUAUCUAGACACUGUGGUUGGCACACCGGACUGCAGUGAGGAGCAUUUGUCUGUGGCCGAAAAUCUGAAUUUAACGUGGAUCAAUGUUCUGAAGAGCAAUGACGAUGGGACUCAAAUUGUCAUUAACUCUGAUAAGUUCUCGGGACUCACCAGAAGCCAGGCUUUUGACUCCAUUACCCAGAAGGCCAGGGAGCUGAAGAUGGGGGGCCACCUUACCAGCUCGAAGCUCCGGGACUGGUUGAUCUCGAGACAGCGUUACUGGGGCACACCCAUCCCUGUGGUGCAUUGUGGGCGUUGUGGCCCAGUUACUGUCCCCGAGGAACAUUUACCAAUAACCUUGCCAAAGCUGCCGUCUCUCACCGGAAAGGGGGCAUCGCCUCUGGAGGCUGCCCACGAUUGGGUCAAUUGCAAAUGUCCAAGAUGUAAUGGCCCAGCAAAAAGAGAGACUGACACCAUGGACACUUUUGUAGAUUCAGCCUGGUAUUACUUUCGUUACGUCGACCCCCAUAACACAGAGAGGCCUUUUGAGCGCCACCUAGUGGAUCACUGGCUUCCCGUGGAUGUGUACAUCGGAGGAAAAGAGCACGCCGUCAUGCAUUUGUACUAUGCACGCUUUCUCUGUCACUUCUGCAACAACCAGGGACUUGUGGCACACAGGGAGCCUUUCAGAAAGCUACUCGUCCAAGGGCUGAUCAAAGGCCAGACUUUCCGACGAGCAGACAAUGGCCAAUACCUAACGAAAGAAGAGAUAGACUUUGCAGGAAAAGAUCCAGUGGCGUUGGGAGGCGGAAGAGUGGAUGUGACAUGGGAGAAAAUGAGCAAAUCCAAACACAAUGGUCUGGACCCCCAAGAGGUGGUGCAGCAGUACGGCGUGGACACAGUCCGACUCUACAUCCUUUAUGCCGCACCGCCUGAGCAGGACAUCCUCUGGAAUCUUAAAAAGGAUGCACUUCCUGGGGUCUUGCGCUGGCAAAACAAACUGUGGCAGCUGGUGACCAAGCUGCGAGGUGCUCGACAACUCGGUGACAUCCCCAACCCCUCCUUGCUGAAAAAGAAAGAGCAGGCAGAGGCCAAGAAAAUCUGGGAGGACAAAAACUACGUGAUUCAAGAGGUAACAUAUUACUUCACGGAGGACUUCUUGUUCAACGCGGCCAUUUCUCGUCUCAUGGGACUUACCAAUACAUUGUCUAGUUCAACCGUGAGGGUGGUGCAGCACAGUGAGGAGUUUGAGGAUGCUCUGGCCGCACUGAUUAUGAUGACGGCACCCAUGGCACCUCACCUGGCUUCUGAACUUUGGGCAGGUCUUUGCCAGAUGAACAACCCCAUCAGCAGCACUCUCCGGCGGGGUGGAGAUGUCCUGUCACAGUCCUGGCCUACUGUGGAUCCCGCCUACCUGGCGACCCCUGACUUUGUGGACAUUUCUGUGCGGAUUAACAACAAAGUUUGCGGGACCGUGACCGUUCCCAUGUUGGUUUCUAAAGAUUUGGAUCAGGUGCAGAAGCUGGUUAUGGAGAGCCCGCUUGGACAGACUUUUCUGAGAGAACUGAAUAUCAAGAGAGCUAUUCUCUCUCCCCGGACUGCCCUCAUCAAUUUCCUAGUCGGUUGAUGGUGGACUCCCUGCAUGUGCAACUGUUUGGGGGGGGGGGAGUACUGUUAUACACUGAAAACUACUUGGAGUGGGAUAAUCUUAAGAUUGUGGGAAAUUCCAUCAUGUGGAUCAUGGUGCAGAAUUGAUAUUUGCUUCAUAAGGGGGUGAGAGCGAUACUGCUAUCUGAUGUUAAACUGCUUGCCAUUAGACAAUGACAAUUUUGCUUCUCACUCCCUCAUCCACAUGUCAUCAACGCUAUGUGCGGAAAGAGUCAGUGAAGACACAUUAAGCUCCUUCGCAACUCGCCACUACGGUUUUAUUUGAACAAAGAUUCACCACAUACACUUGCAUCGAGCCAAUUAUGUAUCAUCACUGUUUUUACCAAUGACUUAUUUUUACCAAUCUUUUUUUUUUUGCAGGCGAAUGAUGGUAGUGGUUCAUUUCCAUGAACAGAAUGUGACGCAAAUGAGCUACAUUUGAAUUUGCUACGAUGCAAAUGAACAGUAAGAUAGAUAAAAUAAACUCGACUUACCUCCCAUGUGACAGCUAUUCUGAAGCGCAAGUUUGCAUAAACAUUUUAAAACAAAAAUGAGCUUGACAUCCUGAGUACAGCAUAAAACAGCCAUUUCAUUUCUCUGCUACUAAUACCUAAUAGAGUUUUGUAUAUUCUUGAUGAACAUUUUAUCACACUUAUCAUGGAAAUAAUACAGGAAAUGUAUUUUUGUAUUCCUUUUUGUUCAUGUACGAUAUUUAUGAUUAAUGUGCAAGUUUGUUCAGCAAGUUUUACUUCUUUGGUUGUAUAGACAAUGUAUUUUUUGAACCAAUGCUCGCUUUUAUGUUGGGAAAGUGGUAGAGGACAGAAAAUAAUUGAUCAUGAUUUCAUUUUUUCCCCCCACCUCGAGGAAUUAUAAAUCUUAUGUAAAAAUA